CCAUGGUGGAAGAGAUCGAGUGAUUAGAUUCCAAAACCCUGAUCAAAAUUUUUUCGAUUCCAAUGGAGAGAAAUACCGCGAUGCCGCAUCUCCAACUCCUUCCACCACCACCGUAAGAUACUAUGUUUUUCUGGGUUGAGUUUUGGGAUCUUUGUGAAAAUGAACCGUGUUUGCAGGUAUCAUUUUGGAUGUCUGAGAAAAGAUACUCUACCCAUUAUGCAACUUGAAGAGAUUCAAGCUUCUAUUUCUGCGGUAUGGAACACACAAGGCUUGAACUGGCCUAGUUCCUUCGAGCAACAAAGACAGAUAACAGGAGACCUAGACUUGCUUGAUUGGCUUAAAGCCAUGUUUCGUUUCCAGGCAUGUAUUUUGACCAACACACAAUGCUAGAGGAGAAUGAUUUAUUAUUCAUUACAUUUUUUUUGUAUAAUCUGCUUAAAUUUUUAUUGCAUAUGGUAAAUUUGUGUGCAGAGGGACAACGUCAGGAAUCAGAAAAAGCAUUUGAUUUUGCUGCUUGCUAAUUCUCAUAUAAGGCUACACCCUAACCCUGAGCCUCUAAACAUGGCACGUACCUGUCUAAUAAUGGCCAAUUCUAACUUCAGAUGGCAUAUGAACUACACGGUCUAAUGGCUGGAAAUGUCAGCAUUGUUACGGGUGAAAAUAUCAAGCCUUCUUAUGGUGGUGAUGAAGAGGCAUUUCUAGGCAAGGUUAUAACUUCCCUCUACCGAGUAAUAGACACGGAAGCCAAGAGGAGCAGAAAUGGAAUCGCUCCUCACUCAGCAUGGUGCAACUAUGAUGAUCUAAAUGAGUAUUUCUGGUCACCUGAUUGCUUUUCUCUUGGAUGGCCAAUGCAUGAUGAUGGUGACAUUUUGGAUGUCUGAGAAAGAAUACUCUGAACCUGUAAUAAGUUCAUUUCUCAAGUUGGAU